AUGCUUCCUUUGAGGUUCAAAAAAAAGCCCCUCUCGGUGGAUGACGUCAUGAGGCUGCUUGGCUGCAUCUCGGAGCAUGAGGAUGUGAAGGUGACCUACAAGUUCCCUAAGAAGGGCGCGAUGAUCGCAGGGUCUGGGGCCUUCAUCGGGGGUCUGGUCGGAGGACCACCCGGAAUAGCUGCGGGGGGGGUUGUGGGGGGUCUAUUAGGUGCAUGGAUGACAAGGGGACAGUUCAAGCCGAUUCCUCAGAUCAUAAUGGAGCUGCCCCCUGAUACGAAGCAAAAGCUGUAUAAUGAAGCCACCGCCAUCCUCGGGGACCUGAAGUGGAUGGACCCCAAGGAGCUGACCAAGCAGGUCAUGGACAAUGAGACCAUGAAGCAGCAGCUGCUGGCCCUGCUGGAAAAGUUCCUCGAAGGCUAAGUAGGUAAUACCAGCCUGAUACUUAGAAGACUUAGAAGUCUCCAGAUGGUACAAAUGGAAAAGCAAGGCUUCCUGCAGCAUGGACUCCUGC